AUGGAUUCUAAUUCUUUCUCAGAUUAUACAAAUGACAAUUCAAAGGAGAAAGAUGCACAUCCCAUACAAUCAAAUUCAUCAAGUGAUUCAGGAUCUAUUUCACCUAAAAUAAGUUCCCCGACAUUUACUACAUCUUCUCAUGAUAAACCUUUACUUAUUUCCGAAAAUUCAAAUGGAUCUCCACCUAGUUUAUCAGGAUCCUCUUCUGGGGAUUUGAUUACAUUCUUUCAAUUAGCUGUAAUUCUUCUGUUUCUUCUUCGUUAUAAAAAUAACUUUCUUGGAAAAUCGAGUAAUAGUAAAAGCAAAAAAAAAGAACAGUCUUCAAGUAAACAACUGGUGAAAAGCUAUCUAAAAAAUAUAAAGGAAGUGGAAGAUCUAGAAGAGUUUAAAGAAUUCAGAGAUGAGAUAAAAAAUAUGGAAAGCUUAUUUAAUUUAGAAGAUGACAUGGAUUAUAAAGAAAAUGAGGAAUAUUUGCAGUGGAAAAAAGAAUUAAAAGAUUUAGAUAAGGUACUAGAUUUAGAACUAUCUGAUGAUUGGGAGGAUAUAAAAGAGCUAAAAUAUCUAGAUAAAGAAAAAUGCAAUAAAUUUAGUAGUUAUAAAGGAGAAUCAAAAAGCCGUGAAGUGGGAGGAGCACGAAGAAAAGAAGUAAAAGAACCAGGAAUUAUGGCAAAGAAUACAAAAGAGAUAAAACUACAAUCAUCAAGAAGCAUGAAUGGAAAAGAAAAAGAUCAGAAAUCCAAGAAAAUCAUAUUCAAAAAAAUAGAAAUUCCAAUGGAAAAUAUCAUACAAAUAAAAAAAGAAGAGAAACCAUUAGAAAAUAUCAGAGAAAAAAAAGUAGAACUUCCAUUGAUCAAUGUUAGAGAAAAAGGAAAAGAGCAACCAUUAGAUAAUGUCAGAGAAAAAAAAGUAGAACUUCCAUUGACGAAUGUUAGAGAAAAAGAAAAAGAGCAACCAUUAGAAAAUAUCAGAGAAAAAAAAGUAGAACUUCCAUUGACCAAUGUUAGAGAAAAAGAAAAAGAGCAACCAUUAGAAAAUAUCAGAGAAAAAAAAGUAGAACUUCCAUUGACCAAUGUUAG